AUGCCUCCUCGUGCAGUAGCCAGUCCCAAGAAGAAAAGGUCCAAGCGCAAAGCUUCUGACGCUUCAAAGGCUAGCUUACCAAAGAAGCCCUGUGCAGCAAACCCCGUCGAAAUUCCUAGCAUGCCAGUUGUAUCUCUUGGGGGUAGGAAUGCCCAGCUGGAGAAAAUUGGGGUAGUGUUAGAGGCUCAGUCCCAGAAUUGGAAACCCAAGGGCACCACAUCUCUUGGUAUGGUCAAUCCUCAAAAUGGCGGGAGGUUUGGUUUUGCGGCUUCAACCACCACUCAUGUUGUCCCUCCUGGCGGGGAGCCCAAUCCUCAAGUCUUGAAUAACCCAUAUCUUGAGCAGCGCAAUCAGAAUACUUUCACUGAUCACUCCCACAGUUCACAACCUCAAACAACUGCUACCUUGUCAGAUUACAAUAUAGACCUGGCCCUGCGUGAGGAGGGUGAUGUCGCUAGGCAAGGACUUCAUGCAAGGCUGGUAGGAUCCAAUCUGGAGGACAGUGACUCUAGUGGUAGUGGUACCAACACUGACAUUGACAAAGAUGAGGAUGAAGAGGGUGAGGAUGAGGGCAAGGGCAAGGAUGAGGAUGAGGACAAAGGAGAUGAAGGAGAGAAUAAUGAAUCCCAGUUUGGUUGGGGGGAAGCUCACCAACGGCAGAAGGGACAUCCAGGAUUUUCAGCUGAAGGACUCCCUACUCAGGUUCGAGUUGCUCGCCCUCUGACACCAGACUUCGAAUUUCAAUACUCAUGCGAUGAAGAUGAAGACUCUGCCUGGAUGCAUCUCAACAACAGCAACCAGCCUCUGGGCACCUUACCAGGAGUGCAGCAGGAACAAUCAGAUCCUCAGACUAACACCUCAAAGGCCGAGGAUGUAUUGAAGCGCCACCAUAAGAAAAAUGGUCAGCCUCACCUUCCUGACCCUGAAAUGCUCCAGCUGUUGAAUCAAGUGGCGGAGUCUGUCGACCAAGUUCAGUGCUGGUCAAAAUCCAAGAAACCCAAGGGAUCUGACAGGCUGAGGCCUGAUCAACUGGCUUGGUAUGGACCAUGCUGGAAAAGUUUUCUCAAGGAGGCCAAAGGAGAGUGUCAUGGGCAGCAUGCCCUGGAAAACCCAUUCCCACCUUUAGUCAAGGAGAUGCCAGGAACCAUCUCUGAGGUUCUACUUUCAGUUCUGGUUGCAUGGGACAAGAAUGGUAGACAGUUUGAAGCUGGGGUCUGGCCAGAGCAGCAAUAUAACAUGACACAAUUGUUCCACUGUGUCUUUGACAGUCUUGAGAAGAAUGGUAAUGGUAAACGUUAUCCAAAUUUCUCCUCAAAGGAAUACUCACCAAUCUACUGGAAAAUUCUCAACAUCAUCAAAAAUACCCUCAAGGAUGAAUAUCAUGGCCCUAGAUUGUCAGCACAACUUCGAGAAUGGGCCAAAGCCAGAUGGGCCAAAAAUCUCAAGCUCAACGGCAGUGCUAUGGAGGCGAGACAUGACCACCUCCAGGUUAUUCUGGACUAA